AUGCGUGGCCCCGCGGGUGCAAGAGCCACCAGAGCCGCUUUAGAAGGUGCACCGACCAAGCAGCUCCAACGGCGGCGGCUCCCGUCGCGGGCAAGCCACGAGCUGCGGUUGUUGCUCAUUACCGCCGCCGUAGCGACUGCCGUUGCCUUCGCAAUCGACACGUUUGGCGGUCCGUACGACAACAUUGGCAACAUCGACACGUCCGGCGUCGCGUACGCUGCGUAUGGGCCCAUCGAUGCCGUCUACACGUGGGUCAACGGGUCCGACGCCACGUGGCAGCAGUCCAAGAGUCACUGGCUGCAGCAUUGGCGUGGCCGCAACGCCACGAAAGACUUGGCCUCGGCGGAGAACCGGUUCCGAGACAACGACGAGCUUCGCUACUCGAUCCGGUCGCUCGAGACGUACGCGCCGUGGAUCCGGCGCAUUUUUCUCGUGACGGACGGUCAAGUGCCGCGGUGGCUCGACCUCUCGCACCCGCGCAUCACGGUCGUGCCACACGCUGACAUUUUUCCGAAUGCGUCCCACCUGCCGUCGUUUGCGUCGCCAGCGAUCGAGUCGCAUCUGGACAACAUCCCUGGGUUGGCCGACAACUGUCCGCGACUGCGAUCGACGGCGUUGGUGAUGCUCUGCACGUGA